CGCUCAACAUGUUCGCUUUUGUCGCUCUUCUCGCCAUCGCCGCCUCCGCCCAAGCCAGCCUCGUCGGCCACGGCUACGGUGCUGGUCUCGGCUACGGUGCUGGACUCGGAUACGGCGGUCUCGGAUACGGUGGUCUCGGAUACGGUGGUCUCGGAUACGGAGGUCUCGGUUACGGACACAAGGUCAUUGCCGCUCCCGUUGUUGCCAAAGUCGCCACCCCCAUCAUCGCCAGCUCUGCUGUGACCACCCGCGCUGAUCACUACUCUCCCAUCAUCGGCAAGGCUCUCGCUCCCGUCGGAGUCGCUAAGAUCGGUUAUGCCGCCGCUCCCAUCGCCUCGUACGGAGGAUACGGACACGGACUCGGUCUCGGCGGACUCGGCUACGGAGCCGGUCUCGCUGGAUACGGCUACGGAGCCGGUCACGGAUACGGAUACGGAAAGAUCUGUCGCGUUAGAGAAAAACGCUGCGCGUUGUAUAUAAGCGGACGCAGAUUGUCAGUUCGCCAUCGAUUCGCCACCAUGUUCGCAUUCAUCACUCUCGCCGCUCUCGCUGCUUCUGCUCAGGCUGGUCUCAUAGGCCACAGCGCUGGUCUCGGCUACGGUUCUGGUCUCGGCUACGGUUCCGGUCUCGGCUACGGUUCCGGUCUCGGCUACGGUUCCGGUCUCGGCUACGGUUCCGGUCUCGGCUACGGUUCCGGUCUCGGCUACGGUUCUGGUCUCGGCUACGGCUCCAGUCUCGGCUACGGGGCUGGGCUUGAAUACGGACACGGAAUCGUCGCCGCCCCUGCUAUCGCAAAGGUUGCUUCCCCGAUCAUCGCCAGCUCUGCAAUCACUACCCGCGCUGAUUCCUACUCUCCCAUCAUUGGCAAGACCCUCGCUCCGAUCGGAGUCGCCAAGAUCGGGUACGCCGCUGCUCCCGUGGCUGCAUACGGGGGACUCGGCCUCGGUGGUCUCCCUUAUGGAGCCGGCCUCGGAUACGGUGCUGGUCUAGGAGCUGGAAAGCUGUGGUAG